AUGAAAAUCUCUGCUGCAACUGUUGUUGCAGCUGCUGUCAAUGUUCUCUUGGUUGUUGGAACCAACGCUGAGCUUCUUCGCCGUCGCACAAGCCAAGUCUGUUCUACCCAGCAAGCUUUGGAGUUUGAUUGUGAUAUUAUGGACGAUGUAGUGGGAGUGUAUGUGUGCCGUGCAGGGGGCACAACCUGUGUCAAUCCAAGUGCAACCCUUUCAACUGAUACCUGUGGUUGCUGCACCGGUGACAACCGUCCUGACUGCAUUGAUGACGGUGAUUUUGGAGGGAUGGGACAAGGUGCCAACGGAGAAUUGUCCACUGUCGCGAACGUAACAACAAUGGGAAAUACCGUUACCACUGGAACUACCUUCACCGCUCCUGGAACAGUCAAUGAAGUAUCUCGUGGCACUGGCGGCGCUUGUGCUGCUUUCCUACUAGAAUUUGAUUGCGAUAUUGCCGACGAUGUGGUUGGAGUCUUUGUGUGUCGUGACGGUCAAACCACAUGUGUGCUGGCUGCCGACGCCAUGUCCUCGGAUACCUGCGGGUGCUGCCCCGGAGACUCCAGAGCGGGUUGCGAAGAAGACGGUGAUGCUUGGACUGGAGGAGAUGACAAUGCUGUGGAUGACGAUCCUCUCGAAAUUGAAGGAGUGAACGAUGAUGUCUAA